AUGACUCAUGAUUCUGACAAGAAGAAGAAGGGAAGUUCAAAGAUCAUCACCCCAGAACACAAUGUGAAGAUUGUGGGUGCCACUGCAUCUUCUUCAAAUCCCUCUGGGGUUCCCCAUAAAUCUGCCUGUGCUACCCAUGCUCCAACUGGGUCAGCCCAACCACGAAGAAGAAGUCUUCAUAUCAAGCGUGUGGCUCCUAAGAGAGGACCCAGUAAGAAUUUUGGGAUACAAAAUAUUUCUGCUUAUGAGGAUGAUCAAAAUUCCAAUCUUUCAGAAGCUGUGAAUCAAGAAGAUAAUGAGGCUCUUGCGAAACUUGCAAAUGUAGCUAUUGCUGCAAACGUUGCACCAGAUGUUGAACUGACACAUCAAUCCUCUCCCUCUAGUUCUAGUAAAACCCCAACUUUAUCCACAAAAGAGGGUAAGGAAAAGAAGGUGACUGCAUCUGCUGAUGAAGACUCUAAUGGAGAAUUGCUCAUCAAAAAGGCCCAUGUUCCUGUUAGUGGUGUCAAGAAGAAGGUUGCAGACAUAACGAAGCAGAAGAACGAAGGAUCUGCUGCUAAGACUCCGAAGACUUCCAGAAGUUCUCAUAUUCCAAAAUCCGGGAAGGAGACAAAGAAAUACAAGAAGUCAGAACAUGUGUCUGAUCCUGACUCCGAGUUCGAUGUCGAGCCAGAUGUCCCAGACAUCUCCACCACUGCCAGAAAAAGAAUGAAAGGUAAGAGGAUUCCUGUUAAUGUUCCUAAUGCUCCUGUGGACAAUGUGUCUAUUCAUUUUCCAGACUCUGCUCAGAGAUGGAAAUAUGUGGUUCAAAGGAGGCUUGCUAUUGAAAGGGAACUACAUGAAGAUGCCUUCGAACUCCAGGAAAUCAUGGAGGUUAUCUCUGCUGCUUUUUUUAUGAAGACUGUCAAGGAUCUUGGCAGAUGUUUUGAUAAGCUUGUUAGGGAGUUCAUUGUGAACAUCCCGGCUGACUGUGAUGAUGCUUCAAGUGCUGAGUACAUGAACGUUUUUGUGAGGGGAAAGUGCAUCAACUUCUCUCUUGAAGUGAUCAAUGAGUUUUUGGGCAGAAGUCCUGUUGAUGUGGGUCAGGGGGAGCCUAAUUUGAAUAUGGUUGCUACAACCCUUACUGGGAAGUUGGUCAGGAAGUGGCCUAAGAAGGGAUUGCUUCCAUCUGGGAGGCUUACUGCCAAAUAUGUUAUUCUCUACAAGAUUGGUACUGCAAAUUGGAUGGCCACCAAAUCACUUGUCUGGUGUGACUCCACCUCUGGCCAGAAUGCUUUAUUUGAGAUCAUUGUACAUCAACAACCGACUAUUAUGCGGGCUGAUGAGUCUCAAGGUAAGAAGCCCUUGAAGCCCCUGCCUCUCAAGUUUGAUUUCUGGUUGUUUGCUGGGACACAUGUUCCAGACAUUGUGCUCUCUACAGCAAAGGGAACUGCCAAUGCCAGUGGCACUAAGGCAGUUGAUUCUAGCAAGGAAGACAUCUUGGCUGAGUUGAAGGCUGUCUCCAAGUCUCUUGGUGACUCUAUUCAGGCUUGCAAGGUCAGAAAAUUCAAUGUUGAUCAACUCAUCAAGACUAUGUCAGAUGUUGCAACUGCUGCUGCUGAGAAAGAAAGUGAAGAAGAGGAAGCUGAGGCUGCUGCUGAGGAUGAAGAAGAUGCUGAGACUAAGGAGGCUGAUGUAUUUGAGCUCUGUGUGGCUAUGUGCGCUCCUUAUUUGCUCCUGGUCUGUAUAAUUCUUGAAUAUGGUGCUGAUGACUUCUGUGGAUAG